CGGAAGUGCUGCUUUUGAAACAGUUGUGUUGCUCAUAUGUAGCCGGUGGCGGAUUAUUUCAGGAAUAUAAACACAGAACUCCGUAAAAACUGUUCACCAGACCUUCAACACUGUAAGUAAACGGACUAGAUCCACUUAUAGGUGUAAAGUACCGUAAUAGUACUGUGGUGUUUUAAAGUACUGUGGUCUAAAUGUUCAUUCAGUAUAACAGUACAGUGUCCACCAGAACAGAAUUUAUUAAGACACUUUUUUUGUUUGUUUGUCUAUACAAUGACAGAGCAAUUGCCCGCAUGAAAAAUAUACAUGUAUAUUUGCGUAUCUUCUAUAGUGAAGUGUUGUAAAUUGUUGUAAUUACAAGAUUUGUAAAAAACUAGACAUACACCUGCAGACAAAUCUGCAGACUGGCACAGAGUUUCUGCAACAAGUCCAGACUGAAAAUCUGAGCUAAAGUCUUGUAGUGUAUUUUAGCCUUAAAUUGAAUACUGUAGUAUACUUUACCGUGGAAAAGUUAAAGACCUUAGUUAACUUCCGGUGUUUGUGUUUGUCUAGUGUCUAAUAAUGUAACUAUUUAUAUUUAAUUUAAUUUAUGUUAACAUACAUUUGUAUAUUUUUUUUACUGUAUAAUAAUUGUAUUAAAUAAACGAGUUGUUGAAUUUUGUUGUUUGUUCAUUUUAUUUGCUUUAAGUAGUUUUGCACAUUUAAACCUUUAAAAAAAAAAGUAUGUCACACUGACAUCUAGAGGUUGAGUUUGGUAUCGCAGUCUAAAUAAAUCAUAUCGGAGAGAAAAGUUUAGCUAAGGAACGGUUCCUCUUGGUUUCUUUUGAUCGUUAUCAGAAAUAAUCUACGGGCACUAAUGUUUGUGAAAGGUGUUCCGGAAGUUAAAUUGGGGUCACAAAAGUGCGCAUGCGCAGUAACGUUUGUUUCUGUUGUUUAGAUGAAACCGUCUAUAGCAAACACUUAAGCACUCUAUAUUAUGUCAUGUGGGGGUUCUGAAUCGCUGCACAAACAGAGAAAUGUCAGUUUUCCCUCAGCUUGCCCUGAAGCCGGAAGUGCGAGAACAUCUUCACAGUGUUUAUACACACAGCGAGGUGGUGUGUGAGGUCGGUAAAGAGGAAGCGGUGCGGGCGUUCGAGGCUCUUCUCUCAUGUCUCUCUCAUCCGCCCAUGGUCACCUGUGUGAGGGUCAGCACACACCUGCACACGCUGAAGGAUAUUCAACACAAACUCCAACAACACGUCACUCAGAUUUCAUGUCGUGAUGGCAGCGGUUCUCCUGCGGUUAUUCACACUCAUCCACAUCUGCCAGAUGUUCUGUUGGUUCCAGUUUCUGGUCCUCGGUGUGUAGAUGUGCAGGGUUCAGAGGUCAUCGUUGGUGCUCAGUGUGGUAACGCUGUCCUCAGAGGUGCUCAUGUCUUCACACCAGGUGUCCUCGGCACCCCAAAAUUCCUGAAAGCGGGUGACGUGGUGUCUGUGUUUUCUGACAUCGAUGGCAAGUGCACACGCGGAGCUAAAGAAUUCCAGGGGAAGAAGGUGUUUCUGGGUAACGGAGUUUCUGAGGUGCACCGCUCGGAUGUAUUCUGCUCAGAAGCACCGGCCCGAGGUGUCGCCAUCAGAAUGACAGAACCUCUUUAUCAAAGUCCUUCGUUUGAUGGAGUUUUAACAGAAGAUGUUUUCCUUCAGAAUCUGCCGUCAGUGGUGGUGGGUCAUGUUUUAGGACCUCGACCCGGUGAACGAAUCCUCGACAUGUGUGCCGCUCCCGGAGGAAAGACCACACACAUCGCUUCUCUAAUGAACAACCAGGGAGCUGUAUUGGCUUUGGAAAAGAUCAAGUCCAAGAUGGAGAAGAUCAUUCAGAAUGCAAAUACUCUGAAGUUAGAUUGUAUUAGAGCGUAUUGUUGUGACAGCACACAGGCUGUGAUCUCUCACCCCACACACGACUAUAACGCAGAUGGUCCUCCGUUCCCCGAGGAGAGUUUUGACCGGAUAUUGUUAGACGCUCCCUGCAGCGGUUUGGGUCAAAGGCCCAACAUGAGCUGCAGAUGGAGUCUGAAAGAAGUCCGUUCAUUUCAACCACUGCAGAGAAGACUCUUCACAACAGCCGUGCGUUUGUUAAAGACAGGAGGAGUUUUGGUGUACAGCACCUGUACUGUGACACUCGCUGAGAAUGAAGAACAGGUGUCCUGGGCUCUCAAAACUUUCCCACGUUUAACACUGGAACCACAGGUGCCUCAUUUGGGCUCGGAGGGCAUGCAGGGGGCGGGCCUGUCACAUGAUCAUAGACGGCUGCUGCAGAGGUUUCGUCCGGAAUUAUUAUGGGGUGGAGCAAAUCACAUCCAUUACUCUGAGAGUCUUCAUCAUCACGCCAACAACGACACCAUUGGGUUUUUCAUUGCCAAAUUCAUCAAGAGAUAGUUCAAUUACAUCAAACACAUGAGGGGAGAGAUCACACCUGUCUUCCGUUGCCGUGACAACAGCUGGCCCGCUGAUCAUAUAUGUGCAUGUUUAUUCCUCUCAGAUGCAGAACAUUGUGAUACACGAUCAACAUGUUUUCACCAGCCCGCACGUUUUUCAGAAGUGGCUUUAUGUAUUCGUGCAUUAGACUUUUACAUUAUUUUUUAAGACAGUGAUUCAUUUUAACACAAAAAUAAAAUCUGAUGAUCUGCUGGAA